AUGGAUGAUGUCCUGUCUGUGCUUAAGCAAAAGCUGCAGAACAUCAACAACCCUAGUUCACCCCACUGGAUUAACAAUCUGGAGACAAACAUCUUUGAAACCAAGGUAGAGUCCAUGCAGAUUCUGGUUGAGAAGUAUAUCACUGCUGUGAGACGUCUGGUUCCAAAGGUUGAACAGCUGGAAGUGGAUGUGAAUGAUAUCAGACACAACAUGAAUCAGCUGACUAACACGACUCUUAAAACUUCAUCAGAUCUGGAGACUGUCAUUCAGAGUGUGGAUGGAACAAAGCUGAAAGCAGAGGAUCUUUUCUUUGAAGCAAAAGCUCUCCUCAUAACAAUACAAGAUUUGAUAAAGCAGCAAGCUGAGAUGAAACCUAAAGAUCCCUUCACCAAAGAUGAAAUGGUCCGGAUGAUGGAGGAGGCUGAAUACAUUGUGAAGGAAAUGAGAAAGAGAGACUGCGCUGCUCAGAAAGACAAAGCUGGCAGUGAGCAAAAGGAGGCACACAAAUUAUUGGACUUAAUAAACAUGACAGUUCUUACGGAAACAAACCAGCCAGUACUGAAUAAGAUUGCAGCCUCUCUGAUGGCCUCAAACUCCUCUCUGAGGGAUCUGGCUGAGUUGAUGUCAGAUGCAGAGGAUGCAGUCAGGAGGGCAAAGGACCUUAAUAUAAAGAGUGGUACAGCUCUACAACAUCUGCCGCAUCUUGACACUCCGCUGGAAACUGAUAUGACUACAGACCUACUUAAGAAUAUUACAGACAUCUUAUUAACGCUCGAGGAAAUGAAAAAAGAAUUUGAAAAGCAUGCAGCUCAGGUAGAUGGUGGAAAGCAGGAGCUCUUUAAGAAGUUAAACAACAUCCUCCAAAUGAAGAUAGAUAUUGUACUUGAGGCUGAGGAGCAUGCAGAGGAGCUCGACAGACAGGCAACAGAAUUUGAACAAUUGCUUCAUAGUGCCACCAACAGAACCAGCCUGCCGCCUCUCCUGCAUACAGGUGUUAACAACAUUAUCAUAAAUGCCAUUGAAGAGGUGGAGAGGGCAGCAAAUCAGUCCAGGGAGGCUGCUGAGAGAGCCUCAAAGGAUGUGAAGGAGGAAGAUCUGGCCAACAGAGCGGAAGGUCUCAAAGAUAAUUCAUCCCGUUUACAGACAGAAGCCAACAAGACUCAGACUGACCUUACAAUGCUUUCAGAUACAGUGAACACCCACAAAGACCGUGUGAAUACGCAAAAGGAAAAAGGAGAAUCACUGACAACGGAGAUAUCAGCAGUCAUAGAUGACCUCAAAAAGAUCAAAAGAAAUGACACAGAAGAUCUAAUUCAGUCCGCGAAAACAGCUGCAUCUGCUUCUAACUACACUGUCAGUAAUAUAAUGGAAAGGCUGAAGAAUAUCAGCGAGGAACUCAAAAAUAUUACCAAUGUCGGAGUGAAUAAAAGUAAUAUAUUAAAUGAUACAGACCAGGCCUUGAAUAACUUGGACACAGCCCUCUCCAUGUUGAAACAUAACCUCACACAAGUUAAGGAUCUCAGUAGGACGUUGCAUCCUGAUGCCAACAUGACAGAAAGCAUUAGGCAAAUUAAGGAUCUGAUAGAGGAGACAAGAACCUUAGUUAAUAGGGUCCCCUUUGCCACCACUUUCAAUGGAAAGGGUCACAUUGAGCUUCAUCCUCCAAGAAACCUUGAAGACAUAAAAGCAUUUACAGCUGUUGAUCUGCUUCUCAAUCUUCAUCAAAACAAUCCUUUCAAGGCCGACAGCAGACGAAAGCGACGCCAGGAAAAACACAAAAAUGCCAACCACUUUGUUUUCUACCUUGGCAACAAGAAUGCUUCUGGAGACUACAUUGGGAUGGCUAUUAGAAGCAAUGUUUUGAUUGGUGUCUACAAGUUGGGUGGAGUUGUCCAUCAAGUGGAAACCAGCCAAAUAACAACAACCUCCAAUGUGAAUUCCUCUGACUUUGACAGGAUUAUGUUCUACAGAGUGUACCAAGACGCUGAAGUUAACAUUAGGAGCUUCCCAUCAGAGCAAACUGACAAUUUGCCAAAGUCUACAAAACGUAACCUUUCAAACUCAACGGCUGGAGUCCUCGACCUGGAUCCAGACAGUGUGGUUUUCUACGUGGGCGGCUACCCUGAAGAUUUUACUCCUCCAGUUGAGCUGCGUUACUCCAAGUACAAAGGAGCCAUGAAACUCUCCUACAUCAAUAACAAUCCUGUCUGCCUAUUCAACUACAAGCAUGCCGUCAAUUUAAAUGCAAAGGAGCAGACUGUGACGGUUCCCCAGUCAACGUCUGAUUAUUAUGAAGGGACUGGUUACCGCAUGGUGUUCUUGAAGCAGCCAGACAAGAAAAGGAGAAGAAUGUUCAAAUUCACCACAAACAGCCACGAAACAAAUGCCUUGUUAUUCUACAUUGGAAAUGAAGAGUCUUUUUUCUGUGUGUCUGUGGAGCAAGGCCUCCUGAUACUUCAAGGACAACAAGCAGGCCAAGUGCUCACACCUCAAAAGAGUGAUGAAAAAGUGUCUCUGAUUAAGGUACAGUUUACAAUCAUCAUAACAAUGACAGACAAGUUCGAGGUCCACUGUGGCAAGCAAAUGAUACGCACAGAGUACAUUCACUCAAAUUAUACAAGUUAUUACAUUGGGGGUCUACCGGCACAGCUCAGACAGAGACACAACAUCACAGCUCCACCGCUGAGAGGAUGUGUAGAAUACCUGCAUGCAGAUGGGGAGGCCGUUGAGUACAAUAAGACGAUUGGUGUCAGUGCUAGAUGUCCUCUCUCACUACUGGGUGUUCGUGCAGCUACAUUAUAUUCAGCUCUGUCUCUUGAUUCUCUGUUUGUCUGGAACAAAUGGCGAGUCUCUUUGGGCUUCAGGAGCAACGGCAACCAUGGUGACAUUCUCAGGAACAGCUCUCAGGGCUCCACCUCUGGCGACAACUUUCAGCUGUCCCUGUCUGAUGGCUUUGUAGUAUUUAGUAGUAAUAAUCAUACCUUGAAGUCAGAUAAAAGGUACAAUGAUGGGAGCUGGCACUACUUGUCUGCAGUGAGGUGGCCAACAGGGUUGGAGCUCAACAUUGAUAAUGAAAAUGUGACUCAGGGACUAUCUCCCCAUAUCAGUCCCAUGGAUCAAAACUUGAAAGGAAAGAAAUUCCAAGGCUGCAUCGCUAACCUUUAUUCAAGUAAUUUAUGUUUUAUAAAUCUCUAA